ACGGCACACAUCACAACUGAGUGAACAUUUUCGGGCUCUAAUGGAUUCACCAAUCCUCAUUUACUCCCUGAAGAAGCGAUGGUGAACAUCGUAUAGCUACUGCUGAUAUGAUUUCGGUAGCAGAUAGUGGAAUAGAAAGUGGGUCUUCACCUGAAAUGGCCAUAAUGGAGUUUGGGAGUCAUCAUGGUCUUCAGAGCCAGCCUCCAAUGUCGAGGACUCAUCAAUAUCGAAAGGUGAUGAAACCUCUAUUGGAACGGAAGCGAAGAGCUCGGAUUAAUCGGUGCUUGGAUGAACUCAAAGAUAUUAUGGUGGGUGCUCUCCAAGCCGAAGGAGAAUCCAUUUCGAAACUCGAAAAGGCUGAUGUCCUUGAACUCACAGUCAAACAUCUCCGAAAGCUUAAGCGUCAAAACGCCCUAGGCCUUACCCCUGAGGCCACUUAUGUUGGGAAAUUCCGAGCUGGUUAUACACAUUGCGCCCAUGAAGUGUCCAAGUUCGUCACCGGUAACUCGGGCAUCGACCUUCAGGUAUCGACCCGUCUCAUUGCCCAUCUGGGGAGCAACAUUCGGUCCUUGGAGACUUUACCUCCUUCAGCGUUGGCCAACACCUGUCCACCUCGGGUAAGCACCCCUGAGUCCGGAUUGGCCUUCAACUUUGCCUCCACAUUCUUUCCCGGUCUUAUCCGACCGGCCCCAAUGAAACCCAUUGGUCCAUAUUACGGUGCUCUUCCAUUGGCGUCACCCAAGAUCCCUGCCAAUUGCGACCUUGACGACAAAGCUUGGAGGCCGUGGUAGGCACAGCUUUGAGCUAUGGCAAACUUUAUUCACCUGUGAUAUGUAUUAUGUCAGUUGCCUUGUGGUACUAUUUCUUAAAACCUUCAAAUAAAAAAAAAUCCUUCUCCCAAUUUAAGUUGCUUCUUCU